GUCGAGUUCCGGAGCGUCAUGGCGACGGCCAUGAAGGACGUCAUGCCCUCGUCGGACGAGGUAACGUGCGUCGCUCUGCAGGGCAGGACACUGGUCGUGGGCACGCGCCUUGGGCUGGUGCUCCGGGCAGACCACUCAGGCAGCCCGGCCUCCCUGCUGCUCUCGGGCAGCUCGCCCGUGCGGGCCGUGGCCGUCGACGCGCGGGAGCGCUUCUGCGCCAGCGGCGCCGCCAACGGCAGCCUCUCGGUCAAGGCGCUGGAACCCGGCGGAGGCGGCGGAGAGCCCGCGACCUACGAGCACGGGGCCGGUUCCGUCCUGGGCGUGGCCCUGAUGCCAGAGGCCGACGCGCCGCGGGCGGAGGCCUGCACGGUGUGCGCGGGCGGCGAGGACCUGACGGGCGCCUUGUGUCCUACCGCCGCCGCGUGCUCGGCCCGUCCACCUGGGCUGAUCCACGAGGGCGAAGGGCGGGUCACGCAGGUGUGCUGGCGAGCGCGGCCUCAGCUGCUCGCGUGGGCAAACGACACGGGCGUCAAGGUGUUCAACGCCAAGACGCGGCAGAAGGUCACCUACAUCCCGCGGCCCCAGCCGUCACCUGGCGCCGGCGGCGGCGGCUGGCAGGCGGGCCAGUGCAGCCUCGCGUGGGCGGCGGAUGACCACCUGGUGAGCGGGUCGGCUGGGGCACCGCUGUGA